GUCAAAAUCAGCUGUGAAGGUUGUCACUUUAACAUUUAAAAAAUUCAUGUAAUUUAAAUAAUUGAAUUGCUACAGUGAGAUGAAACAGAAACAAUGAAUUAUUAGUUAUUAAUGCAUAUUUUAAAACCUCAAUAAUUCCAAUAUCAAUACGAUCGAAACGAUGAGAGAACGUGAUAUGUCGUAAUAAAUUCCAGCUCUAUUUGAGGAAAAUAAUCAGUAGACUAAUAACUUUUUGUUGGUAAUUGUUUAGAAAGUCGCGAGAGUUUGUAACAGUUUCAGUUUGGUUUAGGAUUUGGACUCGUUUUUAUGAGGCUUGGUAUGUAUAGUCCCUUGUGCGCUAACAAUAAAUGGGUAUUGAAGAAAUAUUUAUUUGGUAUCAACGGAAAAUUGGAACUUAUGAUAAACAGUUAUGGGAAACAAAGAUAGAACAGAGAGAACAGAGGCACUAUGGCCUGACCCAUGUGCAAAUGAGAAGCGCCAAACCCAACACUGACUUAAUUGAUUUGGAUUUAGUGAGAGGAUCGUCUUUUACCAAGGCCAAACCCCAACAUGGCUUUUUUAAAGUUACCAGAAUGGCAACGUUGCGCUGCCUACUUAUGCCGUUUUACGCCAAAUGGUGGAUUCGUCAGACGUCCUCCGGUUUCUUCGCCUUCACCCUAUUUCUAUACUUAGUUCAGUUAGAGAAUAUAGCCGCGUACUAUAUAUAUACUUCGAGAUACUGCGACAGCUCUACAGAGAUUGUUUCCUGUAUGGAAAUUGUCAUACCUAUACUAAUGGGAUGGUUGCUGAGUCUGAUACACUCUCAGAUAGUGUCCACUAUACCCGAUAAGAAAGAUAAUCCAAGGAGACCAAGGAAGAAGCUACAGUUUGCCGAUGAUAUCGAAAAUCUUAAACCAGAGAGCAGAUCAAAAAAGUUUUCAAGAAUAAAGAGCAGUAGUCCAUUUAACAUCAAAUUUAAUUCAUAUCUCAUUAGACGCAAAUACAGAUUAACCAUCAGACCUUGGUUUAAAAGCCAAAACGUCGACGAUGACGGUUUCGAAAGUUUUACCGGAAAUGGAUCUAGAACCAGCGAAGAAGACCUUGCUGAUGAUUCUACCAACGAAAAAAUAGUUGAAAAAGCGAAUCUUUCUGAAAAUGAGGAUAAAAUUGAAGCUGUAGAUUCCCAAAUUUUGCCGCUAAAACACGAAAAUCCUGUAGAAUCAGAUAGCAGUUGUAGACAUUGUAAAAGAGGUAGUCAAGAUCAAGAUUUGAACAGUGAAGAAAACUCUGAAAAUUGCCAUUCUUGCAACAAAUGCGAAAACUGGGUACAACAAUUGAAAGACACUGUCUCUGAACCGGUUUGUUCAACGGAUUCAGAGAGCGAAGGUGAAGCUUUGUUCGGCAAGUUUAAAAAACAGCCUUUGUCCAAACGUCGAAAUUCAGUGCUGCCAACGAUAAACGUUACUUCGGCCCUGGACAGCACUUGUGACACUGAGAACGAAGCGCUUUCGUCACCAAGAGACUGGACAGCAGGUGUUACAACUAACAGUGAAGACUGUAGCAGUGAUUUGGACGAUGUUUCUGAUGCUGCACCACCCGAUAGGUGUUCUGAUUGUUUUGUUUUGGACGGGGAUGCCAAUGCUCUUCUUACACCACCUACUGUUAAAGCUAGUUGUACAAUAUACAAACAGGAUGAAAUAAAGAAAGCCGACCUGUCAAUGCUUGACAUAAGCUCAAUCAUAAUCUCCAGGGUGGAGGCAAUGCCAUCUACACACGACUAUUUCUAUGCCGGUGUUGUCCUUGCUGCUGUGCUGUCUUUGACACCUUUAAUGUGUCGUUUGACUGAAGGCAACAAUGAUGUUAAAAACAUAUGGGAAGCCUGCAAAAACGAAACCCACCAUCUUAUAGUAACAGGUUCUCCAUUGGCAGCGGUGCAUGUGGUUGUGGAUGAAUUCCCGAAAAAACUCCUAGAACUUACCGAUCUCACUCUAGGCACAUCACCAUGGGAAAGAUCUAUAAUCGUUGUUUCAAUGCUACAACGUUUCGUUUUAGCCUCCAUAGUGUUCUUCUUGUUGGCCGUGGCUGAACGCACUUUUAAACAGAGGGUGUUGUACGCAAAAUUAUUCUCGCACUUGACGUCAUCUAGGAGAGCCAGGAAGUCCGACAUACCGCAUUUUAGGCUUAAUAAGGUUAGGAAUAUCAAGACGUGGUUGUCUGUCAGAUCAUAUCUGAAGAAACGAGGACCUCAAAGAUCAGUAGACGUAAUUGUAUCCAGCGCAUUUGUAGUCACUUUGUUGCUUUUGGCAUUUUUAUGUGCCGAAUUACUAAAGGAUACAGUGUCGUUUUCUCAAUAUUAUUUGGAGGCCAUGAUUUGGUGCCUGGGUCUGGGCAUUAUGCUACUCCGAUUCAUGACUUUGGGAACGAAAAUUAAUAAAAAAUAUCGAAAUCUGUCGGUUUUGAUUACAGAGCAGAUAAAUUUGCAUCUGCAGAUCGAGCAGAAGCCGCACAAGAAAGACGAACUCAACGUGGCAAACAACGUGUUAAAAUUAGCAAUCGAUCUGCUGAAGGAAUUGGAGAACCCAUUUAAAAUAUCGGGGCUUUCUGCUAAUCCCAUCCUGUAUAACAUCACCAAACUAGUGAUUUUAUCAGCAUUGUCGGGCGUUUUAUCUGAAAUGCUUGGGUUUAAACUGAAAUUACACAAAAUCAAAUUGAAAUAAUCUUUUUAGUCAUUGUCAGUAUUUUCUAAUAAUUUCAAUUUAUAUGAAAAAAAGCACAACGAAUUUUUUAAAAUAUAUUUUUGAAUGUUAUUAUUAAUAAUAUCAUAAUGAUCAUAAACAAGUUUAAAUCAGGUUUUUGACAUUCUGAUUGAGAAAAAAUUCUAUACUGUCUAUAAAAUAUUUUGUUUCCAAAUUAUUGUAUGAAUUUUAUCUAUAUUUUCUGAAGGUAUUUCAGUAAUACUUGGUUAUUUCAAACACCUUGUAUAUUGCAAAAUAAGUCUCGGUGUAGCAACUCGUUUUACGCGAUAAACAAUCAUACUAAAUGUUCUAGUCGAUGUUUAAUGUUACUAUUAUUAUACUGGGUAUCUAUUUUCCUUGAAAUUUAAGAAAUAAUCGGAAACAAUGUACAGACUGCCAAAAAGUUCACAGCAAAUGGGAAAAAGUGAGUUUUUAAAAAAUAGUUUGCUGAAAUUUUUAUAAUUUUUAUAAUAAAUAUAAUUUUGACCUCAUGUGACAACUGUCAUGGUGGCAAAUUACCAAAAUCGUCUUUUAAUGUGCAAGAAAUAUUUAAAAAAGUUAUAGGUUUUUAAAAAAUCAUCAGUAUAUCUAUUAAUCUAUAUUAAGAAUGUUUUCCAUUUCUUGCGAACUUUUUGGCAAGCCCUGUAUAUUGCAACACUCCUGCUCCGUUGAAACACGGCUUUAAAUUUUCGCAAAGGUUAGACUGAUUUUUCAAAAUGUUCUUUACUCCGAAGAAAGGUUUUUAAAGCCUCCAAUUUUGUUCAAAUAAGACAAGGAUAUUGAUACAUCCAGUAUAUACAUCACAUUUUCAAUAGUUAAUAGGGUAUCAUGAUUGAAAUAUGUUUAUAAAUAUUUAAAAAUAUAGGUUCAUUUGAACUAAUCUAGAGAGCCUUGAUGUUAUACAGGGAUAAAAGGAAUCUUAGUUUAUGAGCAUUAUUAAUAGUUGUAUUUAUGUAUAACUAAUGAUCUUGUUUUCUUUAAACUUAAAUAAAUGGUCAAGCAACGUACAUACAUCACAAUUUCAAUAGUCAGUAGCGUAUCAAAGCUAAAAUAUGCCCAUAUACGUUUUAAAAGAAAUAUGUUCAUUUGAACUAUUGCUGAAAGUCAAGUUAAUGUUGCACAGGGAUAUAAAGGACUGUCGUGAAAAAGAUAAAUACAUUUUUAUGAACGUUUAUACAGUUCUAUUUAUACGUGUACAGAGUGUGCCAAAAAGUUCGCACAAAUGAAAAAAUUAUUUGUUUAUUGUAAAAACACACAAUUUUGGGGAUACAAUUCUGCAUACUGAAUAACAAAAAAAAAUGUAAAUAGAAAUGUGGUAUAGAAAAAUAAUACUAAGCUAAAUAACAAAAAUUACCUGUAAAGAAAAGUUUACAGAUAUUAAUAUCUGUAAGAAUGUUUUCAUUGCUUCAUUCUUA